GGGAGAAGCCACUGCAUCAGCGAACUUCCUUAAAUCGUCUGCCUUGCCGUUUUCUGAAACCAAUAGGCAAUCCUUUCAACCAACUUGUACGGCACUGAGAACAAGCCCUUCCUUUCAAUCACAGCUACGACGAAUAUGACCGAAUUGAAUCAAUCAAAUCUGACAUCCAGGGUAGUAUCUGCAGGCAUGGUUGACGACUGGUCGCAUCUACUUCCUGGCCCGGAUCGGAGUGCAUUCCUGGAGUCAUGCACAGAAGCAAAACUAGACGAUGGGUCCGUCCAGACCGUACUCGGUCGCUAUUUCUCGACGUGGAAAACAAGUCUAAUGGCCGGCGAUCUAAGUAGACUUCAAAUGCUGGCUACAUGUGUACAGAUACGAGAAUACAUUAAAGUAAUCUGUGUCGAGGACGACUCCGACGAAUUCGAGGAAUCGUUGCCUUCCGAAUCUUCCGUCAUCUGGCCACGGCAUGAAGACGGACGGGUUACAUCGGAAGCGCUUGGUAUAGGACUUCUCAAGUCUAUGCUUGCGACCAAGCAACUUCGUCCCGAGAGGCUCGAGAUCAAGGAUAAGCGCACCCCACGCGCCCCUUCUGAUCCAGAAAUCGCAGCACUCCUCGCUCGCACCAUCUUGGACGGUGCUGACCUGGCCAUCACGGCGUUUAGUAUGCGAAAGGAAUCACCCAUGACAACUAUCAUCGCAGCUGAGCUGUCCCCUGAAUAUCAAGGCCGAGGCAAGGGGCUUUCUAUCUUACGAAAAGCAGAAUUAUGCCUCAACCAGAACCUAAACUCGUAUUGGGCUGAUCAAAUCCUCUUCAAUGCACCUUCGCUCAAAGAGCUCUCACUCUCGUUCUGGCAGCCUCAUAACAUGCCGCGUACCACACCAUUAAUCCUUGAAAAUACGACCUUGCCAGAAUUAGAGAAGCUAGAGCUCUCUAUGGCCACAAUCUCCGUCCAAAGUAUCAUGGCACUUCUUAGCAAGUCGGAACAGAGCCUGACGAGUAUAUCAUUUCGUUUAACUAUACUUGUCAAUAAUUCAACUUGGUCGGAGCUGCUGAGCCGCAUUAGCAAUGAGUUCCCUCACUUAGUUUGGUUCAAGCUCACACACCUCUCCGAAGGGCCUAUUGGGAAGUCUCAGGUCACCUUCCCUGGUCUUGAUCAGGAUUCGGUGGUCGGAUCGUCUUACAUGAACGGGCUUAAGCUACUGCAGAAAGGCCCUACGGGUAAUAAACGUAUCCCUGGGGUUGAGUAUGGAGGACCAGAUGCAAAUCAUGUGCUCAGGAUCGCUGCUAAAUGCGCGGUGACUACAUCAGUUCCCUAAAGAAGAGAAGCACUCUAUAAUUAGCAUAUGGCUCGCCAUAGAUAGAUGCAAGCAACUUGGGAAUGUGACGCCAUGGCUGCAUGGUCUUUAGAUGUUUACUUUAAAUUUGAUUACGUCUUCUCUAUCUAGGAGUAUAAAAUUUGGGACUCUUUCAGCUGUAGGCUUACGCCACUGCAUUAAUAUGAUCUACUUAGGCAUGUUCUGCCUUGUGGGAAUCCUUUGCAUUUCGCCAAACGACUGGGUCGCAUGGGGGUCUGAUCUGCGACAGCUCCGCCUCAGGCGGCU